GGGAACUGGAGGGAUCGUUGGAUACGAUAAUCGCGAGUCGGAGAAUAGAUUUACGUAUUAUUGUUCUUGUGUAUUAGUGGCGUUAAAGCGGCAAUAGGAACGCUGUUGCGCGCGCUAGUCGCCAGGCUAGUGGUAGUAGGAAGAGUGGUGAACGUAGUGCCGGCUACGAUGGUGGUGGUGGUGGUGAUUAAGAUAAGUACGGGGGACUGAGUGCACGUCAACGAGAUUUUCUGUUCGACGAGACAAGUUCUCGCGAACCAUUCCCACCUCAAAGGAUGUGUUAGCGAAACUUGUCGAAAGGUGUGGAACAUAGAAGAACGAUACAAUGUUGAGGGAUUACUCGCAGAUCACGCAGGCGUUGUUGGGAACGUUAUUUACGUGGGCUCUGACCGCAGCGGGUGCCGCACUCGUAAUUGUGAUUCGGGGAAAACAGCGUAAACUGUUGGACAUCAGCCUGGGAUUUGCGGCCGGCGUAAUGAUAGCUGCUAGCUACUGGUCCCUAUUGGCACCUGCUAUCGAAAUGGCGACAGAGAGCAAAAUGUACGGGGCGGACGGCGAAUACGUAUUCGUACCGGUCGGAGUUGGAUUUCUCAUUGGCGCGGCAUUUGUGUAUGGGACGGACGUGUUGAUAUCUUCCCUCGGCCUUCAGUCCCCAUGAAAUGCAAAACUAAAGAGUGACGAGGAUUUAAACGAUUAUGAUCCGUAUUACGACGUACAGAUUUCCGGUGGAAAUGUAUAUACUCAAUUUGAGUCGACGACCAUCGAUGGUUUCAACGAGCAAAAUACUCGAAGACGGCAAAUUACAAGUAUAAAUAGACCGACAGAUACAGAUGAACACGAAGCAAUUUACGAAGAUCUGAAUAACGAACGGAAAAACAAUCAGUGGAGGAGAGUCUUGUUACUCGUCGUCGCCAUUACCGUACACAAUAUACCCGAAGGACUGGCAGUUGGAGUCGGUUUUGCUGCGGUGGGAAGCAGCGCUUCAGCAACUUUCGAAAACGCAAGGAACCUCGCGAUCGGAAUCGGCAUUCAGAAUUUUCCGGAGGGAUUAGCGGUAUCUUUGCCCCUACAAGCGGCCGGUAUCAGUACCUUGAAGAGCUUCUGGUACGGUCAACUCUCGGGGAUGGUCGAGCCUCUCGCCGGCGUCCUUGGUGCAGCCGGAGUCGCGCUCGCUGAACCUGCGCUGCCAUAUGCACUUGCCUUCGCGGCCGGUGCAAUGAUCUACGUCGUGAUCGACGACAUUGUCCCGGAAGCGCACCAAAGUGGAAACGGUAAACUCGCCAGCUGGGCAGCCGUCGUUGGUUUCUUGGUAAUGAUGUCCCUAGACGUUGGAUUAGGGUAAAACGACGACCUCGUCGAGCAAAAUAUUCCGCGAGGGAAUCGAUUCCCCCCUCUGCGGAUAAGGCAAUCGGUAAAUUGCUAAUCGUUCCUCUCCCGUUUUUAGACGCGCUCGAGAUACCGCACACGCGGCAAUCUCGGCGCCAUGCAACCACAAGACGAUUCAAUGUUCGAUCGAAUUUCCGUGCGAUCGCCAUGAAUCGGCGUCGAAACGAAGUAUCGUGGGAUCGUGCGCGGUUCCCCGCGACGUAAGCUAUCGAAAUCGGUCUUCCGUGAAUCUAGCCUUCGUUCGAUACGAUUCAGAAGUCAAUUAGAUCAACUAGACGACGACCUUCGGCGACGCUUUAGAUGUUAUUACGUCGCGCGUUAUACGAAUCAUCGAACGGGAGCUCACGAUCGGACAUUGAAAUCGGUUCUCUCAGGGAACAUUAUUCCAUGGAUCUUGUUUUCAUUCGACGCUAAUAAUCGCAAAGAUCAAUGCAUCGUGUACCGCGGCACACCAAACAGCCUGGGUGGCUUCGAUGGCUGUAACAUUUUCAAUUUCCCGUGCAGCGUCGAGAAAACGAGAAUAAUUGCUUCUCGAGAUUUUCCUGCCGUCAAACAAAAUCGUUAAUUAAUCAUUCCUCGUUAUAUCUAUUAGAAAAAUAGUAAAAGAGAGAGGAAAAAACCGAAGCGAUGCGGGUCACAUCGCGUUCACUACUGCCUUUUGGAACUGAAACUACUGAAAAGAACUGCGGACAGUAUUUAAAAAAUCAUGGAUGAUUGUCAAU